AUGAGAAACUGUUACAAUGAUAAGCUUGACGAGUUAACGAAACGAAAGGCAGCCUCGCAACACCUCAUUCGAGUCGGAGUGGUCUGCAUUGCAGGUGACGCGCUCGUCUUCACGGUGGCGACCAACGAGACGGAGGGCUUCCGGCGCUUCGCGCGCUCCACCGAGGUGCACGGCUUCCGGGAUCAGCUGCGCGUGCUGGGCCUCGGCCAGGCCUGGCGCGGCGGGGACGUCAAGCGGUACGCCGGCGGCGGCCAAAAGGUCAAUCUCUUCCGCGAGGCGCUCGAGGAGUACAAGGACGACGCCGACAAGGUCGUUUUGUUCACGGACAGCUACGACGUGAUAUUCCUGGCCGGACUGGACGACGUAGUGCGCAAGUUCAAGGAGUGGGACGGCGGCGCGAGGGUCGUCUUUUCCGCGGAGGAGUACUGCUGGCCCGACGCCAAACUGGCCAGCGAGUAUCCCGAGGUGAAGCGCGGCAAGCGCUACCUCAACUCCGGUGGCAUCAUCGGCUACGCGAACGACCUUUACGGCAUACUGAACAGCGCCGAGAUCGAGGACGCCGAGGACGACCAGCUUUUUUACACGAGGGCGUAUCUGGACCCGGUGCUGAGGCAGAAGCACGGGAUCAAGCUCGACCACAAGUCCGAGAUCUUCCAGAACCUCAACGGCGCCGUUUACGACAUCGAGCUGCGCUUCAAGGGUAACGAGGCGUACGUCCAGAACACGGCCUACAACACGGUGCCCUUGGUCGUCCACGGCAACGGGGGUAGCAAGCUGCUGCUCAACUCCCUCGGGAACUACGUGGCGCGCGCCUGGAGCCCCGAGGAGGGCUGUCUCGGUUGUUGGGACGACACGAUCGAGCUCGACCCUCAGCGUCCCGAAGAGUUCCCCGUGGUGCUGGUCGCCGUGUUUAUCGAGAAACCGACGCCCUUCCUCGAGGAGUUUCUCCACAAAAUCCGCGACCAGCGGUAUCCCAAGGAUCGGCUGCAUCUCUUUGUUCGCAACAACGUGGCCUACCACGACGACUUUGUCCAAGAUUUCGUUCGGGAGGUUGGCCAAGAGUACAGGAGUCUCAAGCAGAUCAAGCCGGAUGACGAGUUUUCCGAGGUGGACGCGCGCAAUUUGGCGAUGGACUACUGCCUCUCCGUCAAAUGUUCUGGCUACUUCUCCAUAGACUCAGAGUCGCAGUUGGACAACGAAAACACUUUGAAACUGCUGGUGGAGCAGCAGCGGUUAAUCGUUGCACCCCUGCUCGUGCGACCUUUCAAGGCCUGGAGCAAUUUCUGGGGAGCUAUUACCGACGAUGGCUUCUACGCGCGUAGUUCGGAUUACAUGGACAUCAUUGACAACGAAAGAAGGGGUCUCUGGAACGUGCCAUUCGUGAGUAGCUGCUACCUGGUGAACGCCACUCUACUCGGUGGCAAAGACACGAGGCCAUCUUACGUGGAGGACGACCUCGACCCGGAAAUGGCCUUUGCCCACGGGAACCGCAAACGGGACAUAUUCAUGCACGUGAGCAACCGGCUGGAUUUCGGCCAUCUCGUAGUCCUCGACAAUUUCAACGUCUCUCGCACCCAUCCCGACAUGUACCAGAUCUUCGACAACAAGCUCGACUGGGAGAAACGCUACAUCCACGAGAACUACUCCCACAACUUCCAUCAAAAUAAGAUACACCUGCAGCCCUGCCCGGACGUGUACUGGUUCCCCAUCGUGAACGAGAGAUUCACCAGGGAGUUUGUUGAAAUCAUGGAAUCGUUCGGACAGUGGUCCGACGGAACGAAUCACGAUCCCCGGCUGUCGGACGGCUACGAGAACGUGCCGACGCGCGACAUCCACAUGAAACAGGUAGGCUUGGAGAGCGAGUGGCUCUUCUUCCUGCGCAACUACGCGAGGCCGCUGCAGGAGCUCGUUUUUCUCGGCUACUUCCACGACCCACCUCGCUCGCUGAUGAACUUCAUCGUGCGCUACCGUCCGGAUGAGCAGCCCAGUCUCCGGCCCCACCACGACAGCUCGACCUACACGAUCAAUAUCGCCUUGAACCGAGCGGGCGAGGACUACGAGGGCGGUGGUUGCCGCUUCAUCCGCUACAACUGCUCGGUCACCGACACCAAACCCGGCUGGAUGCUCAUGCACCCUGGCCGGCUCACUCACUACCACGAGGGCCUCAAGGUCACCAAGGGCACCCGCUACAUCAUGAUCUCUUUCGUCGACCCUUGAGCUGCUCUCUCUUCCACGACAAUAUACACUUGCAGAUAAAAUUUGGACCUUUGAGCAUCGGCAGGUGCUCGGACUUUUCAUUUUUUACAAUAUGAGCUCAUGUACAAGUGAUUGUCGAUGACAGCCAUUUUUUUAUUUUUACUUGAUUUACGUGGUCGACAGACCCAAGUGGCUUUAUUUUGAGAUAACCCAUGACUCCUUGUACGCAUUGAUUUUUAGGUGUAAGCGUAUGAGAUAGGUACGGUUUAAUUGGUGACCGUACAGCAAGUCAUUUUUUUACACUCUUUACUUUUAAGAUUUGCUACCGUUAGGACGUUAGGUAUCCGGGAAGUACGAGCCCCGUUAAAUGGCGCUGAUGCUGAUCUCAAAACAGAGCGGCAAGUACAAAACUUGUUAACAAUGUUGGUACAUUAAUAUUAUAUUAUUGUUAAUGUUUACCAAAAUUUCGUGUCCUGCAAUAAAAAUAUUUAAGUAAAUAAAAUAUGUUAAUGGUGGAGUAAAGCCUUUUGAAAGAAGGAAGCAUAAUUUUAAAUUUGAAUCAUGUUUUACUAUAUGGUCGUUAUAAAAACUCUAAAACGGGAUUACAUAAAUACUGUGCUCUGUGUUUGCAAUCGUCUAAAAUAUUUAGCACCGCAGACGAGAACAGUAAUUUUUUACAUAAUAUAUGUUUUGUUUAUUUCGAAAACAGUAGUGUAACACUACUGUCGUCUGCUUUGUUUGGUAUAACUUUGAGACCGGCAUCAGCGCCAUCUAACGGGACUCGUACUUCCGGACCUUCCGGUAGUUCCGGUCCUUCGGCCUUCCGGAUACAUCUGUCAUUAAAAAUUUAGUAGGUGUAUACCAUUAGUAUUCCGAAAGCAAUAUGUUAUUUAAAUAUGUUUUUCAACGUCCCCUGUGUAUAAUUACUAACAUUACUAACUUGCUUUUUAUGUAUUCGUGUUUAACUUUCACUCGACCACAAAUGACAAAUAAUAAUUUUUAAAAAACCAACAAGAUACUCAUGACCAAAGCAAAAAAAAAUACAACUCAAUACUUUAAGCACGCACCGGAAUAAAGUUAAGGAUAGUGAUAUUACGUUAUUUUUCCAACUAAGACUGCAUUUAUUAUGACGCACAUGUUCAAUGAAAUGAUAAUAAGUCAAGAGUGUAAGCAUGGAUUUUUGUAAAUACUGCCUGUACAAAUGAAUAAACAUAAUAUAUUAUAAAUAUGUU